UUUCGGCUUGUUUGGAUACUUUUCCCCUCGGGAAAAGCCUUUGGCGAGGCCCCCCCUCGCCCUGUCCUUUGUCCUGCCCUUGGGAAGGGCGGCUCCGGCUCCUCCUGGCCCGCUCCCGCCUUCCUUAAACCUGGAAUGCGGCAGGGGGAUCCCUCCGUCGGUUUUUUGGCUCCCGGGAGAGCUUUUGGUUUCCCUCGGGCUCAUCCCCCAGUUCCUCAUCCCAAAACUUCUCCCUUGGAGCGGCCCCUGCUGCGAUUCGGGAGCUGGUGAGACGGACCCGGGUGAUCCUCAAAACCGGGGAAUGCUCUGAAUGAAUUGCUUCUGGCACCUGCCGACGAGCUCUGGGAUCAGACAGGGAGCGGCAGGAAUCCCGCCGGAGUGGCUUUUCCAGCAGGGAACGGAUGUCCGGGCUCCCCCCCGGCGCAGAAAUGGUUAAGCCGGGCUCAGUGCGCUCCUGAAACCCAGACCCGGCCCGGGCAGGGAAUUCCCGGCGCCUUCAAAGAGUGGGAACAAACUCCCGGCUUGGUGUUUGUGCCACGUGUUAUCAUCCCGCGGCUGCUUUAAGAUCCUGGAGUUGGGAAUGCCGUGAUUUGUGCUCAGGUGUGGGUUUAGAGGAUGAGCAAACAUCCUGGAGUUGGGAAUGUCAUGAUUUGGAAUCAGGUGUGGAUUGGAUCCUGGAGUUGGGAAUGCCACGAUUUGGAAUCAGGUGUGGAUUUAGGGGAUAACCAGAGAUCCCGGAGCUGGGAAUGCCAGGGUUUGUAAUGCAUCGCGGAUUUAGGCGGUUAACAAAGAUCCUGGAGUUGGGAAUGUCAUGACUUGUAAUCCAGCGUGGAUUUAGGGAGUAAACAGAGAUCCUGGAGUUGGGAAUGCCAGGACUUGUCAUCUGAUGUGGAUUUAGAGGAUAAGCAGGUUCAGCUUCACGUCCCAGAGGGUGAGGGUUGAAAUUCCGCCUGGGAUGGCCGCGGGGGUGCCCGGCAGGAAGCGGAGGUGCCGAGCGCUGGGCACUGGCGGAUUUUGUGGCGCAGGGAGCAGAGGAGCGUGAAAAGCGGCUUGGAAAGCUCGGCCUGGCCGCGUCCCAGCCCCGCUCCCGAAAGCCGCUGGGAUCCCGCCAGGUUCCCUCCCGGGGCUCCUUCCCGUGACCGUCACGUGCGGCCGGAGGGUGCCGGGGGCAGCGCGGGGUGUCCCUUUCCCGCAGCAUCCCGGGCUGCGUGUCCGGGAGCCGCCAGGUCCAGCCGCCUUUGGGAUGAGCCAGGGAUGGCAUCUCAGGAAUAACCCCGGGAUCACCUCCCCUUAUCCAUUUUCCCUAUUUUGAGGACACCAGCAGGCUGCUGGGGAGCCAACGGCCGGGCUACGGGACGCUGCAGCCGGAUCCAUCCCACAUGGAGGUGUCGGGGUACCAGAGCCGCCCGUGGCGGGUGCUGCUGUGCCACGUGGGCUCCGUGCUCACCGCGGGGCUGCUCCUGCUCCUGUUCCACUGGAAGCCCAGCCUGGAAGUGCAGGCCAAGUGCAAACCCUGUGCCCUGGGCCAGGCCGACUGGGUCAUCAUCAGGGACCACUUUGGGCAGUGCUUCACCACGCGGGUGCUGCUGGAGCCGCUGGGCGAGGCCAGCCUGGAGCAGCACCCCGGGGCGCGGCCGGAGGACCGGAGGAGCAGCAUCGCCAUCGGAGUGUCGGAGGAGGAGGAGAGCAGGGACACCAUCCGGCUCCACCAGAAGGAGGAGAAGAACAUCCUGAGGUAUUACCUGUUCCAGGGAAUGCGCUACGUGUGGCUGGAGCGGCGGCAGCUCUUCUGCAAAGUCAGCGUCUUGGAUGAGGGUUGGACCUGCGCAGAUCUCCACCUCUCCCAGCCUGGGCUGGACCAGCAAGACCACACCACUAGGAGGAAGAUCUACGGCCCAAACCUCAUCGAGGUGCCUGUCAAGUCCUACGCGAGGCUGCUGGUGGAGGAGGUGCUCAAUCCCUUCUACAUCUUCCAAGUGUUCAGCAUCGUGCUGUGGGUGUGUGAUGCCUAUUACUACUAUGCUGCCUGCAUCUUCCUCAUCUCCACCAUCUCCUUGGGCUUGUCCCUCUACGAGACCAGGAAGCAAAGCAGCACGUUGCAGGCCAUGGCCAGGAUGUCGGUGGGUGUCCGAGUGCGCCGGCCCAGCGGAGAGGAGGCAGUGGUGAGCUCAGUGGAGCUGGUGCCAGGGGACUGCAUCAGCAUUCCCAGGGACGGGAUGCUGGUGCCCUGCGACGCCGCGCUGCUGACGGGCGAGUGCAUGGUCAAUGAGAGCAUGCUGACGGGGGAGAGCGUGCCGGUGAUGAAGACGCCUCUCCCGGCGGCGGCGCAGGCGGCCGGGGCCGUGUAUUCCCCGGAGGAGCACCGGAGGCACACCCUGUUCUGCGGGACACACGUCAUCCAGGCCAAGUCCUACGUGGGGGGGGAAGUGCUGGCCGUGGUGACCCGCACAGGGUUCUGCACGGCCAAGGGGGAUCUCAUCAGCUCCAUCCUCUACCCCAAACCCGUCAGCUUCAAGUUCUACAAGGAUGCCGUGAAGUUCGUGCUGUUCCUCGCCGUCCUGGCUUUAGUCGGCACCUUGUACAGCAUCCUCAUCCUGGUCAGGAACAAGGUGCCCGUGGGGCAGAUCAUCAUCCGCGCCCUGGACCUGGUGACCGUCAUCGUGCCGCCGGCGCUCCCGGCUGCCAUGACCGUGGGCACCAUCUAUGCCCAGAACAGGCUGAAGAGGCAGGGAAUCUUCUGCAUCAGCCCCCCCCGCAUCAACCUGUGCGGGAAGAUCCGCCUGGUUUGCUUCGACAAGACGGGAACGCUGACGGAGGAAGGGCUGGACGUGUGGGGGGUGGUGCCCCUGGAGAACAACCAGUUCCUGCCCAUCGUGCACGAGCCGCGGUGCCUCCCGGCCGGGCCCCUGCUCUAUGCCCUGGCCACCUGCCACAGCCUGGCCCUGCUGCGGGCACAGCUCGUCGGGGACCCCGUGGACCUCAAAAUGCUGGAAUCCACCGGCUGGCACCUGCCUUGGUUGCAGCACCUGGAGACGAUGGAGGAGGAGGAGGAGGGUGAGCUCCCUGCCUUCCAGCAGUUUGGGAUGAAGGUCUUGGCUGUGGUGAAACCUCCCCCUGAGGAAGAGCAGCCCCGGGACAGGAAGCACCAGUCUCCCCUUGGAAUCCUCCGGCGUUUCCCUUUCUCCUCCUCCUUCCAGAGGAUGAGUGUCCUGGUGAAACUCCCCGGAGAAGCCCCGGCCCACGUCUACGUCAAGGGCGCCCCGGAGAUGGUGGCCAGUCUGUGCAGGAAGGACACUGUGCCCCUGGAUUUCUCCCAGAUGCUCCGACACUACACCACGGAUGGGUUCCGGGUCUUGGGUCUGGCUUGCAAAGCCCUGGGCACGGUGGGCACCUUCGAGGAGGCCCUGCAGCUCCCCAGGGACUCCGUGGAGAGCAACCUGAGCUUCCUGGGGUUCCUGGUCAUGAAGAACGUCCUCAAGCCGGAGUCGGCGCCCAUGAUCCACCUCCUGAGGAACGCCAACAUCCGCCCCGUCAUGGUGACAGGGGACAACAUGCUGACAGCCAUGAACGUGGCCCGCAGCUGCCGCAUGGUGGAGCCCAAGGAGCGGGUGAUCUUCGUCACCGCCUCCCCGCCCGGCCACGACAAACCCGCCGCGCUGCGGUUCCUGCCGGCAGAGCAUUCCCAGGGCGAGGAGCAGCCCGAGGGCCUGGAGCAGCGGGAUGGCUCCUCCCCCCCUCCCCAGCCCUGCCACUUUGCCCUCAAUGGGAAAUCCUUCCAGGUGGUUUGUGAGCACUUUGCUGACCUGCUGCCCAAGAUCCUGGUCCGAGCCACGGUGUUUGCACGCAUGUUGCCCGAGCAGAAGACCCAACUGGUGUGCAGCCUGCAGGAGCUCAACUACUGCGUGGGGAUGUGUGGGGACGGGGCCAACGACUGUGGGGCGCUGCGGGCGGCCGACGUGGGCAUCUCGCUGUCCGAGGCCGAGGCGUCGGUGGCUUCGCCCUUCACCUCCCGCCUGGCCAACAUCGAGUGUGUGCCCAGGCUUGUCCGGGAGGGCAGGUGCUCGCUGGUCACCUCCUUUGGUGUCUUCAAGUACAUGGCCCUGUACAGCCUGGUGCAGUUCGUGUCCGUGCUGCUGCUCUACACGAUCAACACCAACCUGAGCGACUUCCAGUUCCUGUUCUUCGACCUGGUCAUCACCACCACGGUGGCCGUGCUGAUGGGCCGCACGGGGCCCUCCCAGGAGCUGGGCGUGGAGCGUCCCCAGGGUGCCCUCAUCAGCGUGCUGGUGCUGGGCAGCCUCCUGCUGCAGACAGCCCUGCUCAUCACCGUGCAGGUCCUCAGCUACUUCAUCACCGUCUCACAGAGCUGGUACAUCCCCCUCAACAGCACGGUGACAGCCCCCCAGAACCUGCCCAACUACGAGAACACCGUCCUGUUCUGCGUCACGGGCUUCCAGUACCUCAUCCUGGCCGUGGCCAUGUCCAAGGGAUACCCCUUCCGGGAGCCUCUCUACACCAACGUGCUCUUCCUGCUCGUCCUCAUCCUGCUGUUUGGCCUCAUGAUCUGGUUGACCCUCUACCCGCUGGGCUUCCCCAAAACCCUCCUGAAGCUCCAGGGCAUCGAGGACUUGAACUUCAAGCUGCUGCUGCUGGGAAUCGCCGCCCUCAACUUCUUCGCCGCCUUCGUGCUGGAGACCGCCCUGGAUCACGGCCUGCUCAGCUGCUUCCGCCGCUUCCGCCGCAGAAAAGCCUCCAAGAAGCUCUUCAAGAGGCUGGAGAAGGAGCUGAGCCAGCAGCAGCCGGGCUGGCCCCCCCUCCACGAGCCCCUCUUUGCCACUCCCAGGAUGUCCAUGGCCCUGAGAUAGCGGGCACGGGGCCCCCCUGCCGCCAGCCCUUGGACAGCGGCCUGGAUUUAUCCCGGGAAAAGGAGGGAUGCGGCGGGCGGGAGCCCACAGGACACCCUCGGCACUGGAUCCAUGGGCAUGGUGAUCCCACGAGGAGCAGGUGGUGGAGGAGAAAGUGGGGGGAGAGAUCCAGAGGAAGAGGAGGAAGCGGUGUGGCUCUUCCUCCGGGGGUUGUCCCGCUCCUGCGCUGGGUGCCGGUGCCGCUCCACAGCGGAAUUCCACCUCCCUCCUCCUCUCCAAACCGAGCUCAGUGACCUCUUUCCAGCUGGAAUUUCCUAGAAAAUAAUAAUUAUGGCUGGAAAACCCCAGGUGGCCUGGCCAAGGCUCCGAAACCUCACUCCGAGGAAACUCCGGCGGAUGGCGAUGCCGCGUCCCAAAAAUGGAAGAGGGUCCCUGAUCUUCUCCCAGCGAGGGCACCCCCGGCCCUCGUGUCCAUGUCACUGUGACUCCCCUCCAUGGCCCUCCCUAGAUGUGUAGGAAGUUUACAGACCCCAUUCCCAGCUUGCCAAGGAUGCUGCUCCAUCCCACAGGCCCCUUUCCCGCCUGGAAUGCUCCCGCAGGGCACUUCUGCUUCCAGCUGGGACCUUUGUAGCAUUAAAACACACCCCAGAUCUCUUUAUUUUUUAACUGCACUCCGAUGGCUCGAGGUGUCAAAGCCGUGGGGAGGGUGAAGGUGCCGAUCCCAGGGUCUGGAUGGUGCCAAUUCCAGGUUCUGGACGGCGCCGAUCCUGGAUUCCGGACGGUGCCGUGGGGGGUGUUGUCUAAUAAAUUAACACUAUUUUCUUGA